CUGUGCGACAGUAUGGCGCCCACGUGUAGCGCAGGGCGAUGUCUGGGGGUGAGGGAAGGAGAGAGCCGCUGGUCCUGUCUCGGGAGUACGUGUUUCUCCAGGAUGAGGGUGGCGGAGGAGCGGAGCGGUCCCCGGGGCUCAGGCUCCGCAUCCCCGAGGUUCUGGACUCGGAGUAUGGGAUGUAUGUUUGGCCAUGUGCCCCCGUCCUUGCCCAGUACAUCUGGUUUCACCGAGCUUCAAUGACUGGAAAGAGAGUGCUGGAGGUUGGCGCCGGUGUGAGUCUCCCUGGCAUCGUGGCUGCUAAGUGUGGAGCCAACGUCAUACUGUCCGACUCAGUGGUGCUGCCACAGUGUCUUGAGAACUGUUUAAGGAGCUGCGCUCAGAAUAACCUCACUGAAAUACCAGUCAUCGGACUGACAUGGGGCGAGAUAUCACCCGAUCUGCUCGCCCUGCCACCCAUCGACAUCAUUUUGGGAUCUGAUGUUUUCUAUGAGCCAAAAGAUUUUGAAGAUGUUCUGGUCACUGUGCAUUUCAUAAUGGAAAGAAACCCCAGCGCUGAAUUCUGGACGAGUUACCAGGUCAGAAGUGCCAACUGGUCCAUUGAGUCUCUCCUCCACAAGUGGCACCUCAGAUGUUUGAACAUCCCCCUAAAGACGUUUAAUGCUGAUGGAGAAUGCCUGGCAGGAUCCAAACUCCCAGGAAGGCACAGUAUUCAGAUGAUGGUCAUCACCUUGAAAAGAAAUCUCACAAACUGACCAUCUGCUCCGGUCAUAAGGACAUUUACAGUGGUGAAAGGGGAUGAGAUACUUCCAGUGCCAGGUUCCUGGAUGAAGAACAUUGGACUGAUAUCUAGUGGUGGGGAGGAUAUGGAGUCCCUGCAGAUAGAUGGGGGCUGCCUCUUCUAUGUGGGAGGUACAACAUCCUGGAUUGGGCUACUAAAUCCAAAAGUUGAUCUCAAAAACACACUCUAGUCAGAUAGGGUUGACCAAGAACAUGAAUGUAUGGCCACCUGUAAGUUCUUAGAAAAGCCAUGCUAGGUUUUAUUAUAACUGGUAGAUGAGACGGAGGCCCCAUAAUGGAGCAUAAGUCCAGAGCUCCUGCUUGUUUGGUAUGUAGCUGUACAGUAUAUGGGGCUGUAAUACCUGCUGAUACAGCAGUUCAGAUAGGAGAUACCAUAUGACUGAUGUGCAUUACAUAACAUCACACACUACACAGCUUGUGAUUUGAGUGCGGUCCUGCAUGCGAUCUACAGUCAUUACCUGUGGCCUCACAUUGUAGACUUUUCCAGCAAAAUUCAAUAAGGGUCCAUUCAGACGUCUGUAGUGUUUUGCGCUCCGCAUAUCGCAGACCGGAAAACACUAUCGCCGGCACUUAAUAGUGGAUUCCUAUUGUUCCGCAG